CCGUUGUGGUCGUCUUCACCACAUGCCAACAAAGUCCUUCACAAUCUUCAAGACUAGAGCAUCAUAGGUGGAGGACAAUGGAAGAGCUGGAUGCUUUAUUGGAGGAAUUGGAACGCUGCACCUUUCAGGACAGUGAGGAAUAUUCAAAUCCAGUUUCUUGUCCCUUGGAUCAGAAAUCCACAGAGAAGAGCAACCUUCCCCAAACUCCAAAGACCUUGUCAUCUCAGGGUAACACAAGUCCCUCGAAGAUGCAGCUCGCGUAUACGACCAACAUCCAGGAGCCCAAUGUCUACAGUGAGGUCCAAGAGCCAAAAGAAUCAGUACCACCCCCUAAAACCUCAGCAGCUGCUCAGCUGGAUGAGCUCAUGGCCCACUUGAGUGCAAUGCAGGCCAAGGUUUCAGUGAAAGCAGAUACCAGCAAGAAACCCUUGCCAGACCAGCAGGAUCACAAGGCAUCUCUGGACUCAAUGCUUGGGGGUUUGGAACAGGAACUACAAGAUCUUGGGAUUGCCACAGUCCCCAAGGGCUACUGUGCUUCCUGCCAGAAACCAAUUGCUGGGAAGGUGAUCCAUGCUCUGGGGCAAUCCUGGCAUCCAGAGCACUUUGUCUGCACUCACUGCAAGGAGGAGCUUGGCUCCAGUCCCUUCUUUGAACGGAGUGGCCUGGCCUACUGCUCAAAAGACUACCAUCACCUUUUCUCUCCACGCUGUGCCUACUGUGCUGCUCCCAUCACGGAUAAAGUGCUGACAGCAAUGAACAAGACAUGGCACCCAGAGCACUUCUUCUGCUCUUACUGUGGAGAGGUGUUUGGUGCAGAAGGCUUUCAUGAGAAGGACAAGAAGCCAUACUGCCGAAAGGAUUUCUUAGCCAUGUUCUCACCCAAGUGUGGUGGCUGCGACCGCCCAGUGUUGGAAAACUACCUUUCAGCCAUGAACACUGUCUGGCACCCAGAGUGCUUUGUGUGUGGGGACUGCUUCAGUAGUUUUUCUUCUGGCUCCUUCUUUGAACUGGAUGGCCGUCCGUUCUGUGAACUCCAUUACCAUCACCGCCGAGGGACCCUCUGCCAUGACUGUGGGCAGCCCAUCACUGGCCGCUGCAUCAGUGCCAUGGGGCAUAAGUUCCAUCCUGAGCACUUUGUGUGCGCUUUCUGCCUGACACAGCUGCCAAAAGGCAUCUUUAAGGAGCAGAACAACAAGACCUACUGUGAAAAGUGCUACAUUAAGCUCUUUUCACAGUAGUUCCCCUUUGACCCACAUCUGCUUCAUGUUCCCUAUAAAACUGAGGCCAAGAUAGGAAAGACCACACUUUCUGUCUUCAACCUUCUGUUCAGUGGGCUAAUAGAGUACAAAAAAAUAAACAAAUAAGGGUAUUUGUAGAUGUUACUAGGCUUAUAACCUUAAUUUUGAAGAUGCUUCUCAUUACUUUUUAAUUUUGUAUUUGCAUUUAGAUUUAGAUCAUGCUAUCAGCACCCUCUGAGGGUAUAUUUCUUAUGUGCACAGAUUUUUUUUCCACUGCUGGUUUACUGUUUCUCACUUUUAUCUCUACUGAUGCCCCAUUCAGAUCUUCAGAUUUGGGCCACAGGAUUUUACUCUCUUUGCUAUCAGGGGUCAUGGUGCUACUCUUAAACACUUAGUGUCUCUGCUUUUUGCCUUUUAAGCAGAAGUGUAUUUUAACUGACACAUGAUGAAUAAAGCAUCUUGUUGUUUGUUGACUCAC